GCAAAAUCUAUGCAAUUCCACAAGCCAGCAUAACGUCACCGACAUCCAUGCCUGCUCCUUAUCCUCCCGAACAACAACACAUUUAUGCAUGCAGUAAGCCUCCACAUAGAUGCAUGAUCUCAGCCAGCCACUGCAUAUGCAUGCAUAGUCACAUUUGAACGCAAUAUCUGUUUCGAUCUAACUCCGAUGUAUCUUAUCGCUGUAAAUAUCCCAUACGAGCGUAGUGAUCGAGAUGUGACAGCAGAAUCGUGGUUUUAUGGAGCGCGGCCGAAAGUGCUUGAUGAUUGGAUAUAUCCUGAUCAGCUUUGAGCGCAAAACAUGGCGAAUGCCAGGUAUAGAUAUCUCCAUAAUCUGCCUAUACAGGCGAAAAGCAUUCCCCUAAGAAGCGCAUCAUUUUGACAUGGCUCGCAAGACCUAUCCCAUUCGUGGUAUCGCAGCAGGAAUCGGUGGCAAUGGCGAGGUACCAGUAAGAAGAGAGUUUAGUGAGUGGACGACCAGUAGCGAUCCUCAAGACGCAAGACAAGUCAUUCUAUUCUUUUUAGCUCUUGAUCGUUUCCAAAAGGUCCAUCCGUCCGAUAGAGACUCGUACUUUCAAAUUGCAGGGAUUCAUGGCUAUCCGUAUGAAUCAUGGGAUGAAGAUAAUCUUACCGAGACCGAGAUCCAAGGCGCAGGUAACACUCGAAGAGGGUAUUGUAUGCAUGCAAAUGCCUUGUUUCCAGUCUGGCAUCGACCAUAUCUUCUUCUGUAUGAGCAACGAAUCUAUGAGUCUAUGCUCGAAAUCAUCGAAGAGCGACCGAAUGACAGCAAAGAUGAGUGGAAGAAAGCGGCAAAUACCUGGCGAUUGCCGUUUUGGGACUGGGCCAAGAAUCCCAUACCAAAGUUUCUAAGCUAUCCUACGCUGAAUAUCAAGAUAGAUGGCAAGUCAGUGCAUCUUGAAAACCCCAUGUACAAAUUCAAGAUGCCCAAUGACGAGCCGAUGAGCCAAUAUGGGGUGGGGAGCUUACGGAAUCUUGACACAGGUAUAAACCUAAAGUACGGCGAUUGCCAUGCGACAAGCCGUGGUCUUGACCGUGACAAGUGGCCCACCGAAAAGCAGUGGAUUGAAGGAUUUGUCGAUGACGAUCAAGCCAAUGUGAUGUUGAAAGGGCAUGGGUCUAUAACUGGCUUUGAUUAUGGUGCUGCUUCUGAGCUUGUGUAUCGGCUCUUGACGUAUCCCCUAGAUUGGGGUUCCUUUGCAACCCUCGCUCGAGAUCUAGAUGAGACAUCAGUCACAGCAAGUACGACGAAGGUCAUGAAAGAUAUCAAUCUGGAAUUUAUUCACAACAACAUUCACUACUGGGUUGGCGGAGAUGGGGGACAUAUGUCGCAAAUUCCUGUAGCUACAUUUGACCCGGUGUUUUGGCUUCACCACUGUAACAUUGAUCGCUUGUUUGCUGUAUGGCAGACCCUGAAUCAAGACAUAAAGCAAGAUUCUACAGGCGUGGGUGGUGACAAGGAAAAGUGGUUUGAUGUGGAUCAACAGAGGUAUUUUGACCAAAAAAUCGUUGGGUUGGGGGAUGCAAUCACGAACAAAACUCCUUUGCGUCCAUUCCAUAAAGAUGAACAUGGCACGAUGUGGACGCCGCAAGACGCAAUCAACUGGUACAGUCUCGGGUACACUUAUCCAGAACUUCAGCCUUGGAAGAGCAAGGAUCAUACCAUUUACAAGGAACAACUCUUCGCAAACAUGAACGAAGCAUAUGGUCAAGUCAGAAGAGAAGCUCUCGGAGGAGUUGCCGGGAAAACCGAGAUCAUCGAUAAGAAUAAGGAUGGGACGGUAGACUUGAACGACUAUGCCAUUAGCGUAUCUUUCAAGAAGUUUGCUUUCAAUGGGGAGCCUUUCAAUCUAGAAGUCUUCCUUCGCCCUGACGAUGCACCGAGAGAUCGAAAGUCGUUCGCCAAGGACGAAUUUGUUACGAAUGUUUACAAUUUCAGUCAACCAGCCGAACGUGACGGACAAGAAGUGUGCUCCAACUGUGCCGAUCGACAAGCAGACGACGUCAUGAUUCAGUCCUAUAUCCCACUAACAUCUUAUCUGAUAAAGAUGAUACAGCAAGGGCGCUUGGACAAUCUCAAACCAGUAACUGUAGAGAAAUUCCUCCAAGGCUUAUACUAUCGCGUCAAGAUGAAUGGAGAGGUGGUGGAUGAAGCGAAAUGGCUCAGCAAACCCGAAUUCGGACUAAAAGUUGACGUGUUCCAGAUGAAGAUGACAUUCUCAGAAGAUCCAUCGGUUGUGCCUGGGCGCACAGAGCCAGUGAUCAUUCCUACACUGGGCGUUGGCCCCGACCGCGAUAAUGCUUCCUCGACAACCGGUGUGACUGAUCUUAUCACUGUAAACAAGAUUAAUCCUCUUGCACAGCCCAUCUCCGACGGUGGGUCGAUCGUCUUCAGAUGUCCUAGCAGUGUCUCCACGAAAUCAAAUCGCGAAAGCAAAGACACUCUCUCUCUGCUCUCAUACCCGGAUGGCAGUACUAGAGACCCCUUUGACGAAGACAGCUACGAUUUCGUCCUCAGUAUUUUCCUCCGCAGCAAAGCCCAGACGCUAGAGUUCGAUAGUCGAGAGGCGGGUAAACCUUAUGUCAAUGCCAAAAGCUUAGACACCAAUGCUUGGAUUCAGCAAGGCGAUGCAAAGAUCCAGAUUGAUCUCAAGCCGGACCAGUUUGACAUUUGGGUCGACGGCAACAGUGUUGGCUCGAUUGAUAGGACGGUGAAAGGGAGAACGAUCACACAUGUGAGAAACUGGGUUAUGUCUGGAAAGCAGCCAGUUCUUGGCAAAGAUAUUGAGGCGACAACAUAUAAGUCAUCGGGUCAUGUACAAGGUUAAGACACGAGUGUAGAGUUUGCAGAUCCAUGUUCGCACUGCAUCUGUUUUCCCAUUUCCUGUUCUGAGAUGUUU